AGAGUCUCCGUCCAAGUUUCGCACUGUCUCUACAUGGAUAUUCUGCCUGGACUAAUGCAGCUCUGAUCAUGGUUUUCAAAAGGAUUCAAGAGAAGCAAAAUUACAAUGAGGCAGCAGGUGUGGGAGAGAUCUGACGAGGUGUGUGGGCCCGUGGCGUGACACAGAGGGGGAGAUGAGGACCAUUCUUCCUGUGUGUGGAGGCGGUGAUGGAGGGGAGUCCCGCGGCCUCCGCAGCAGGAUGGGCAAGAUGAGGAAGCUGCUGUGGCUGAGGCCCAAUCACUGCGUGGAUGUCCACACGGACACAGAGCCCGGCGUGUGGCUGAGGAGCUUCCAGUUUUUAGACACUGAUGCACAGUGUGAGGACCCGGUGCAGGAGUGGGGGGAGGAGGAGGAGGACGGGGCAGUGUUUGGCAUUACACUGCGCAGGGAGCCCGUCCUUCCGAGCUCGGACACGGCAGAGCUCCCCACGGCCUUCAGCUUUGUCCAGUACCACACGGUGAAGGUGCGCAGGCUGAAGGCCGCCACCCUGGAGCGUCUGGUCACCCACCUGCUGGACCCUGAACACCAAGAGGCUGACUUCGUCCCUGUCUUCCUCUCCACCUACAGGUCCUUCACCUCCACCAGCACUCUCAUUGAGCUGCUGUUUCAGAGAGACGACUCGAUUGCCAACCUGGAUAACACUGUGUGCCCUCGCAGCACCUUACCCCCAGUGAUUCGCCUGUGGCUGGAGGAAUACAGUGAAGACUUCCAUGAACCCCCUCAGUACCAGGCCCUCAGGCUGUUGUGUGUGCACUUGCGGCAUCGCCUCUGCUUCAGACGUUUGGCUCAGGCUGCUGACGCCCUGCUCAAGAGGCUCCAGGAACAAGAUUGCAGCCAGUCUGCGUCACAGCGGAGCAGUGAAUCAUUGCAGCAGGAGUCCAGAGAUCAGGAGGACGGAGGAGAGACGUCCACUAAGGAGGAAGACAAAUACGGCUUUAUGGACUUCCCUGUGAGAGAAAUAGCCGAGCAGCUGACCAGACUGGACGCUGAUCUGUUUGUCAGAGUGGUACCCUUCCACUGCCUGGGCUGCGUCUGGUCCCAGCGUGACAAGAAAGAAAACCGAAACUUGGCACCCACGGUCCGCGCCACCAUCUCCCAGUUCAAUGCCGUCACCAACCGUGUCAUCACCUCACUCCUCUGCCCGUCCUCACCCAGCCCUUCCACUUCCUCUCCCAUCUCAUCACCCGUCUCCUCCUCUACCUUCCUGUACCCCUCCACUGCCCCGAGCUCACCUCGCUGCUCGCACGCCAGCCCCGCCCAAAGAGCACGCAUCAUCGAGAGGUGGAUCGCCGUUGCACAGGAGUGCAGACAGCUGAAGAAUUUCUCCUCGUUGAGGGCCAUCCUCUCAGCUCUGCAGUCCAACGCUGUGUAUCGCCUCAAGAAGACCUGGGCUGCUGUCAGCAGGGAAAGCAUGGCCACCUUUGACCACCUGUGUGAGACUUUCCCUGAUGAAAACUGUGUGCUAACCACCAGAGAGAUCCUUGUGGAGGAUGGGAGUCAACCGGACAGCAGUGCCACCCCGAGCUCUAAAUCACCACGGCUCUGCUCAGUGUCCAGACAGAUGAGCCUCAGCAGUGGUGUUGUGCCGUACCUGGGCACUUACCUGACUGUCCUCACCAUGCUGGAUACAGCACUGACUGACACCGUGGAGGGUGGACUCAUCAACUUUGAGAAGCGCAGACGGGAGUUUGAGAUUCUUUCCCAGAUUCGACAGCUUCAGACUUCCUGUUCCAACUACAGCUUUCCAGUGAACCCUCGUAUCACUGCCUGGCUGCAGGCACACACACUGCUCACAGACCAGGAGAGCUAUGAGCUGUCCCGGGACCUGGAGCCUCCGGUCGACCCCUGUCCCAGCUCUCCCAACUCAUGGAGCAGUCGUCUGCUCACUAAGAAGCUCGCCUCGUUGCGAACAUCCAGUAGUGACAGCUCCCUCAGGAAGAGCCACGCUGAUCAGAUCAGUGUGUCGUCUUCUGGCUCCAGCAGUUCAGACAUGGAGGACCUCUCCGCCCCUCAGCCCUCCCCCCUCAGACUCAAGCUCAAAUCUCUCUCAGGUUCUCUUCACAACGUCGCAGAGGACUUCUCCUCCUCUCGCAGUCUUUCCAGCUCCUCCUGCAGCUCCUCUAAUCCAGACCUCAGUUCCUCCUCUCUGGUGCUGAGUCCUGAGUCGUCGUCGUCCAGCUGCUCUCCUCAGGCCUCGCUUCCCGUCUACAACAAACAGGUCGCUGACUCAUGUAUCAUCAGGGUCAGUGUGGAGUGUGUCAGCAAUGGAAAUGUCUACAAGAGCAUACUGCUGACCAGUCAGGACCACACACCUCAGGUGAUUCAGAGAGCUAUUGAAAAGCACAACAUGGAGGAUGUCAGCUGCCAGGACUUCAGCCUCUACCAGAUGCUCAGCAAUGGAAAAGAGCUCCAGAUACCUGACAAAGCCAAUGUAUUUUAUGCCAUGUGCACCAACGCCAACUACGACUUUGUCCUGCGCCAGCACUGGAGGUGUCAUGGGAGACAUCUGGGCUCUUCCUCCAGUCCUGGAGAUCAAACCAAGAGCCGCUACGCCAAGUGAUAUGCACUUGUGAUCUGUGAUCUGUCCUGACUGAAGUUUAAGAGUACAACCUGAAGACAGAGGAGCUGCUCAUCUGCAGCAACGACACAUCUGUGGCUGUUUGUGUCCGCUCAUCACCAUGAGGUUGUCACUGCGCAGCAGAUAUGAGCCGCUCGGCCGUAGAGAAACCCAAGAAACCUGAGAACUUCGACUGAAAAAUAACCUGAAAAUUCUCAGCCAGAAGUUGUCUUUACUGGGAGCAACACUGAAAUUUGUUAUUCCACUAAAUAUUGUGGACCGUUUGAAGAAUUUGAGGAAAAUAUCCACAUAUAAGAGAAGAACAAGCAGAGACAAAUUUUGUGUUUUCCAUUUGUUCUCUGUCAUCUUAAUCAGUGUGUUUUUGCUUAGCUAAACACACUUGUGUUACAUUGUGGAUCAUAGAGCGCCAUGAAUCCCAGUCCACCCCUGGAAGAAGGCUUCAGCUUUCACUGAAGCCAGUCACAAACAUCAGGAGCAGCUGGUCUGACAAAACCUUCCUGUGUCAUAACUCUACAGUGGAGUGUGAUGAAUGUGGCCGUGGGGCUGCAGAGUCGGGCCUGCAGACUGGGAUACAGCUUCUUGUGUUCAUGUGUUUUUUCCUUCAGCUUGUUCGGCUGAACGCGUUUCCCCAACUACACAGAACAUAAUGAAGAAAAGCUUGUCCCAGUGACGAAGUGUGGGAUGUUCACUGAUAUCAAAACAGUGUGGGUCAGAUGUGAACCUCCCCCCCACCACCACCACCACCACAUCAAAUGGUGUUAGAGACACUGUUUGGACCUGGCAUGGAGAUUUUAUUUGUCAGGAGAAUUCCUAAUAAGUGUUCAGAUCCUGUAGUCGAGAAUUUAAAUGUUUUAAUGUAACUUAAUGUAAUUUUAUCAACUUAAAUUAUUUAAUGCAUUUCAGUAUUCAGCUUUUAGAGCAGAAGUGGCAUGAUAAAAAUGUUUCUGUUAUCUUCCUUUUAUGUUUCGUCUCAUUUUGGAUGCUCUCUUCAGGCUUCAGUGCUACACUGUUCUCAGGCAUACGUCCUUAACUUGCUUUGGCAUCUCUUCAGCUCAACUGAAGAGAAUGAGGUUUGAAGUUUGAAUGAAGAAAGCAGAUUUUCACUGUCUGCUGUUAUUAAAUGAAGGAAAUUUUGUAUGUGAGCAUAUUGUGGUCUUGCUUGGACUGUGGCGUUUCAGUCAGAGGGUUCAAAGAGGAGCCGAAAUGUUGACGUGGAGGAAUCUCUGUUGUGUGUGUGUGUGUGUGUGUGUGUGUGUGUGUGUGUGUGUGUGUGUGUGUGUGUGUGUGUGUGUGUGUCACUGAUGGUGAAGGAUGUGAUUCGGGCGAGUCUGCUGAUCACUUCAAUCUGUAAUCCAGAGCAGUUUAACUCAGAAUGAAAGCACAACAACAACAGGCCUUCUGCCCUGAGUGAGUUAUAGCUAGCUACACCUGCCUCUGUGCAAUGCUGUGAACGAGAUUUAUGAGGAAUGGUUCUCGUAUGUGAAAAUGAAGCGUCUCAGAAUGUGAAUUUAUGUGACAUAUAUGAUCAUCUCAGCGAUGUGAAAUCCUCCCCUAAACUACCAGGCAGCUUUCCAGGUUCAGUCAAAUACAUAUAAUUUAAGAUUCGCUGCUUUCCUAUCAUUGGAAGCUGUGCACACAGUGGUUCACACCACCCAUGUUUUAAAUUAAUUAAAAAAAAAAAAAACACACUGGUGAAAACACUGCUUAAUUUUGUGGAGAAUUUUGCAUCACUGAGUCCAGCUUUAAAGCUACUGUGGUUUGUUAAAAGUGGGGUUAAAGGUUGGUGUUGAGGUCUGGCAGCUGCAAUGUAUGAAGAAAGAGUCUACAGUGUGGCUUCUGCUGUGUCUGUUGACUCUAUUUUUAGCAAGCUUUCUUCUCAGUUCUCUUCUUUAAAUGUAAGCGAAGUUGUCAACAUUAUGCACAUGAUAAUUUAAGCCUACAUGUCUGUUUUAUUUCAACAGAUUCUUUAUUUAAAAAUUUAAUCUAAGCACUUGCUCUUUAUAAUUAGUAUUAAAUUUCCAUUAAUAAAGCCAAUUUACAAUUUA